AUGGCAUUGACUGGCAGAUCUACCGAACCUGUUCAUGCAGAACUCGUUCAGGACCUAGUGAGGCUUCCCCAGGAUGGACGAAGUCUUGUCCAGUCAGGCACUAGAGUGGUCAACGCCGUCGAUCACAGCACUGGAGAUCGCGCCAAUCAAGGGUUGCCAGCGAUUAUUGGCGAGAUGGCUGCACAAAAGGGGUCAAACAAAGAAGCGCAUACAGCUUUCCAAAACGCAGAAGCAAUUGUGGUGUACAAUAAAAAGGAGAAGAAAGCCAAGGAGAAGAAAGGAAACGUCCGCGAAGAGAAGAAACCAAAAGUCCGCGAAGGGAAACAGGCCGCAGCCGUUGAUCAGAUACAUCAGAACGACCUGCACAACAUUGAGCAAGUUAGCGACGUGCAGCAGUCUAAAGAAAGUAUGGUCAUGCCCAGCGGAAUGGUACUAGACCUGCCAGAUAAGGCAAAAAACGGCAGUCGCGGGCAGGAAGUUAACGGAUCAAAGACCGCGAAAGGGUUAAGUCAAAAUUCGGAGCUCGUCACAUCCUUUGAUCCAAUGAAGGACAGACACCAGUGGGCCAUGUGGAGGACAGCUGUCAACGGUCGGAUUAUUGAUGAGGUUCGGCGUCUGGAGAAGAUGAAGAUCGAGAUUGGCCCGGCUGGUGUGGAUCCUACUAUACCCGGGUUGUACGGGACAGCCCUGGUGAUGCCUCCGCUAAAGCAGUUUAUCAGAUUCGAUUCAGAUGAUGAUGAAGCUAUUGCUAAACAGAUGCUGGGGCAUGGACCACUUAGCUUGGGCUCAUUUCAGUUCGUCUAUUUCGGGUUACCCAGGGUGCAGUUGGCUAAAAUAACCAAGUAA